AUGAAGGGCGAGAUCCUUCACGUCCAUCUAGGCCAGGCUGGUGUUCAGCUUGGUAACUCCGCCUGGGAGCUCUACCUUCUCGAACACGGCCUCGGCCCAGAUGGCCGUCCCGAUCCCGACGCCAAGGAUGUUGGCGACCCAGGCUCCUUUGAGACCUUCUUUACCGAAACCAGCAACGGCAAGCAUGUUCCUCGAUCCAUUUUCAUGGACCUCGACCCGUCUCCCAUUGACGAGAUCCGAACCGGCGCCUACCGUCAGCUUUUCCAUCCCGAACUGCUGAUUAACGGCAAGGAAGAUGCUGCCAACAACUAUGCCCGUGGACACUACACCAUUGGCAAGGAGAUGGUCGACACUGUCAUGGAACGUGUCCGCCGUGUUACAGACAACUGCAACUCCCUCCAAGGGUUCUUGAUCUUCCACUCCUUUGGGGGUGGUACUGGCUCUGGCUUCGGAGCCCUCAUGCUGGAGCGUCUAGCCACCGAGUAUGGCAAAAAGACCAAGCUCGAGUUUGCGGUUUACCCUUCGCCUCGUACCAACACGUCUGUUGUCGAGCCUUACAAUGCCGUCCUUUCCACCCACAGCACCAUCGAGAAUUCUGACUGUACCUUCCUUGUUGACAACGAGGCCGUCUACGACAUCUGCCGCCGCAACCUCGACAUAUCUCGGCCCUCCCACGAACACCUCAAUCGGCUCAUCGCCCAGGUCGUCAGCUCCAUCACUUCGUCCUUGCGUUUUGAUGGCGCUCUCAAUGUCGACCUCAACGAGUUCCAGACCAACUUGGUUCCCUAUCCUCGCAUUCACUACCCCUUGAUCAGUUAUGCUCCCGUUGUUUCCGCGUCCAAGAGCAAGCACGAGAGCUUCAAGGUGUCAGACCUGACCUUCCAAUGCUUUGAGCCCAACAACCAAAUGGUUGUUUGCGAUCCCCGCAACGGCAAAUACAUGGCUGUUGCCCUUCUCUACCGUGGCGACGUUGUCCCCCGCGACUGCACAGCUGCCAUUGCCCAGAUCAAGGCCAAGGCUUCCUUCAACCUGGUUGAGUGGUGUCCAACUGGCUUCAAACUCGGCCUUAAUUACCAAAAGCCCAUAGCUGUUCCUGCCCCCGCGGAAGACGGUGCUCUCGCCUCUGUCGAUCGAGCCGUGUCGAUGCUUUCCAACACCACUGCCAUUGCCGAAGCAUGGUCCCGCCUUGAUCACAAGUUCGACCUCAUGCACAGCAAGCGCGCGUUCGUCCACUGGUACGUUGGCGAAGGUAUGGAAGAAGGCGAAUUUACCGAGGCACGUGAGGAUCUCGCUGCCCUGGAGAGGGAUUACGAAGAGGUUGCUGCUGAUGGUGUCGAGGCUGAGGAGGACGUGGAAUACUAA